CUUUCCUAUUCGUUAAUUCUCUUUGGUCAUCCAUCUAAAACAUCACAGGGACAAGCCAUGGGAGAGUACUCGAGCAAUCCUGAGAAACAUGCAUUUGAUUUAGGAGCAUAUGUCGGAGACUUGGAUUUUGAAGAUGAUUCAGGCAGGAUAAAAAUUGAAAAUGAGGAUAUAUCGUCGGAAGGGCUUCAGCAAGAACUAGAAGAAUGUAAAACUGAUGAGGUUGUUGCCAAUAUACUAUCCAGUGGUGUCAAGCUUAGAGAAUAUGCUAAAGGUGUAGAAAAAAACCUAAGGAAGGUCGAAUUGGAUUCGAUUCAGGAUUACAUAAAAGAAAGUGAUAAGCUAGUCUCACUUCACGAUCAGAUUCGUGACUGUGACAGCGUCUUGUCACAAAUGGAAAUGGCCAUCAGUGGAUUUCAGGUGAAUGAAGAGUACAUGAAAACGCUUGAAACUCUGAGUAUGAAGCUGAGAUUUGUAGAAGCAGAACAAGCAGUGAAAAAUUCCAAAGCGUUACAAGAUGUAGAUCCUGAGCUCGAAAAGCUUCGGCAAAAAGCUGUUUCCAAGGUGUAUUAUUUUAUUGUCCAGAAGCUUAUAGCCCUGAGGAAACCCAAAACAAACAUUCAGAUUCUUCAACAGAGUGUGUUAUUUAAACACAAGUAUAUUAUCUCCUUCCUCAAAGAACAUGGAAAAGAAGUGUUUAUGGAUGUCCGUGCUGCGUACAUUGAUACCAUGAACAAGGUGUUAAGUGCACAUUUUCGUGCUUAUAUUCAAGCACUUGAGAAACUACAGUUAGAUAUAGCCACAUCAUAUGACUUGAUUGGGCUUGAGACUCGAACCACCGGCCUCUUCUCAAGAGCUAGGGAGCCACUAAAGAACCGCUCUGCCGUUUUUGCUUUGGGUGAGAGGAUACAAAUUAUAAAGGAAAUUGAUCAACCUGCAUUGAUCCCGCACAUAGCCGAAGCUAGCUCUCUCAAAUAUCUUUACGAAGUGCUCUUCAGGAGCUUGCACAAGCUUCUUAUGGAUACAGCUACUUCUGAGUAUAUAUUUUGUGGUGAUUUCUUUGGUGAAGAGUCCAUAUUUUAUGAAAUUUUUGCGGGUCCAUUUUCUGUCAUCGAUGAACACUUCAAUGCCGGUCUUUCAAACUGUUUUGAUGCUAUCGGGUUGAUGCUUAUGAUUCGCAUUAUACACCACCACCAGAGGCUAUGGUUGGUUUCCUUAGGGUCUUAUUCCUCUCUCAUUUUGCAAACUGAGCUGGUGAAUAUUUCUUUGUGGCCUCGUUUCAAGAUGGUGUUUGAUUCACACAUCAGCAGUCUGCGGGAUGCAAACAUAAAGGCAUUAUGGGAAGAUGAUGUCCAUCCUCACUACGUCAUGAGGCGUUAUGCUGAAUUCACCGCUUCGUUUAUUCACCUGAAUGUUGAGUAUGGAGAUGGGCAGCUUGAUAUAAAUUUGGAGCGUUUAAGAAUGGCUGUAGAUGCCUUGAUUCUCAAGCUUGCAAACUUGUUCCCAAAGCCAAAGCAGCAAGUUGCGUUUCUCAUAAACAAUUAUGAUAUGACAAUUUCUGUACUGAAGGAAUCUGAACCAGAAGGUGGGAAAAUUCAAAUGCAUUUUGAGGAAUUACUAAAGAGCAACACUUUCUUAUUUGUGGAAGAAUUGCUGGUGGAGCAUUUCAGUGACUUAAUCAAGUUUGUGAAAUCUCGAGCCUCUGAGGAUUCAAGCUCAAAUCCAGAGAGGUCCAUCACAGUUGCUGAAGUAGAGCUACUGGUGAAGGACUUUGGAAACAGAUGGAAGACAGUGAUAGAUUUGAUGCACAAAGAUAUCAUGACUUCCUUCAGUAACUUCUUGUGUGGUAUGGAGAUCUUGAGAGCUGCAUUGUCACAACUUUUUCUCUAUUACACAAGACUCACGGACUGCACCAAAGACAUAGAUGGUGGAUCUUCUCUGAACAGGGAUAUAGUCACCUUGGGAUCUCUCUCCUUGGAGAUCCAGAAAUAUCGCAAGAGUUUCUGAAAGGUAACAUAUGAAAAAGUAUGUAAGAUAAGUCAAAUCUUUCAAAGUGAAUACAAAGCCAGUAUUAUAUGGGUUAUGAAACUUAUGACAUUUUCUUUAGAAUAUUUAUUAAUGAAAAGAGUUACUAAAAUAUAUUUGGAGCUCAUCCUA